UUUUAUGCGUCUCUUUCAUUGCCUGGAGGGAACAAUAACUCCAAAUUGUCUUAAUUCAAAAUUUCCUUUUCAUGGUUCGCUUUAGCCUUUUAGAAACGCGUCAAUGACGGCUGCUACGUGUUUCAAAAGCCAGUUGAGGAAUGGAUCCAUCUCGUAAUGAUAUGCCACUGGAGUUUAAUAGGAACAAAGGAAAGCCUCCUGUGGUUUACACCCACAGUGAUGCAGAUGAAAUUGCUGCAAAUGAUGUUACAUCCAGCACCGUAUCGGCUGCAAUGUUUGCAGCUGCAUCAGCAGCAGCCUCUAGUACAAACACGAUCAUGAGCACAAAUCACUACAGUAUGGCAGCCAUGGCCAAUGGUAACAUGGAUAUGGCAGACAGUAACAGCGGCAUGACUGGUAACAUGAUGGCGCCCAUGACAGCCCUUGGCCCAAUGGGCCCCAUGGGCCCAAAUCCCAUGAUUAUGGGACCAGUAAAUAUGGGACAGUACGGAAACAUGCUUGGUCCACUAGGGCCAAUGACACCCAUGGGAUUAAUGGGCCCAGGACCUGGAGGAAUGGGAGGCCUGGGACCUGGUCCUGGAAGCAUAGGAUUAGGAAUGCCUGGCAUGGGACAAAGCAUGGGACCACCCAUACAACUCAAGGAAAUUAUUACACUGAAUUCCUGUGUUCUGUACCCACCACACCCAGAUGCCCCACCACACAGUGUGAGGGAACGACCACCAGGAUGUAGAACAGCUUUUAUUGGAGGACUGCCAGAAAAUAUCACAGAAGAGAUUCUUCAUGAGGUAUUUGAACGGUGUGGUCAAAUUGAGACCGUUCGUCUUGGAAAGAAGAACUUUGCCCACAUUCGCUUUGUCCAUCAUGAUGCCGUGGAGCAAGCCAUAUAUUUGUCAGGCUUUCGAAUGAAAAUAGACAACAAAGAUGACAAGCCAAACACAGGCCGUCUGCAUGUAGACUAUGCCAAUGCACGCAAUGACCAGCACGAAUGGGAAUGUGAGCAGAGAGCCAUGGCUCGUGAAAUGCGCCAUCAGCAGCAGAUACAAGAAGAGCGUCUUAGAGUUCCUUCCCCUCCACCUGUCACUCCCUUUACGGUGUUUGAUGGCAACACAUUGCUGGAAGUUAUCAAGAGUGACUCUGGAUUCAUGAAAGCAUCGCAAAAGCUAAUUGCCUGGCUGGAUCGUGGUAGCGUUGACAAGCGAUCAAGCAGUCUUUUCUACUCCCUCAUCCAAAGUUCAAACACUCAUGUAAGACGCCUUCUGCUGGAGAAGCAGCAGCAUGAAGAGGAAGUAAAUCAGGCGAAACUUCUUUUUAAACAGCGGGUGCAAGGCAUCCUGGUGCAAUUGGGUCAGAUAGAGCACAUCUUUGCGGCCUCCCUCAAGCAGAAGAACUGGGACCAUUUUACGAAGGCCCAGCGCAAGAACAUCGACAUGUGGUACAAGCAGGUGCAGGAGAUUAAGACAUCUCAACAAGCUGAAUUUCUCAGUGAACGCAGUGAAGAUGAAAUGGACCUCUCAGAUGCAGAAGGUGACAGUAAUGAACCACCUGGCAAGAAAAAGCGCAGUGAGGAUGAUGAUGGUAAUGCAGGUGUAUCAGCAGAGGUUGCUGCACUUAAAGAAGAAAAUGACUCAUUAAAAUGUCAGCUGGCUGCUUACAUGAAUGAAGGAGAGAUGGUCAAACUGGAGGCCAAACAAACUACAGAAGCUUUGGAACGACAGAUUACGUCUCUUCAAAAUGCACUGAAAGGCAUGCAACAGCAACUAAUUUCUCAGCAAGCACAAAUGCGACGUGCACAAGAAGAGGCUCGGACAAACACAGCAGCUGUAAGGAGAUCCCCAUCAUAUGGCAGCAAAGAAGAAGGGAUUGAAAAUGAGGGAAAAGAAUCUGGUGGAACUAUAUCGGGGAUCUCUAGUCAAGAGACGCUGGUUAGCAGCAGUGGCAUCAGCCUGAAAGAAAAAGAAGUAUGGAUGUUAGGUCUGAUUGCAUGCUUCCUGAAUGUACAUCCCAAUGGGGCAAGUGUUGACUACUUGUGGUCAUACCUCAGUCAGAUAAUGACAGUUCGACCCAGAGAAGUAGAAGAUUUGUUGGAUCGGCUACCCAGUCUUUUUCGUCAAGAAGUAGCUGGUUGUGCAACCCUUGAGAGGCGCUGGUUUUUCACUGGUUACCAGAAAACCUCCUAAAAUGUGUUGUUAAUGUUUUAUAUUGUUUUCCCUUGCACUUUGCAGUGGUGGGUGGGUGCGUGGGCUGUCAGUUGAAUUGUUAAAAGCUUUAAUGUUUUCACUGUUCCAUUUGUCUAUGAAAGUUUACCAUUGGCUGCUGCAUUUGUUCUUGAAUAAUAUGUUAAUAUGUGCAUGCAUGUUUCCUUGAAAAUAGGAUUUCAGUUUGUGAUACUGUAUUUAUAAUAUGAAUAUGUGUGUUGUGCAAAUGUGUGUGUGUGUGUACAUAAUGCAUGAAUGUCCCUGCAAAGAUUUUCACCGAGGCACAUCUUUCAUUUGCUUGAACAAGGCCCUCUUCGAUGUAUUUUUGCAUCACAUGCUACGGCCAUUUGUGCCAGCUUUUGUCAAAUGUCUUUUCAAAGUCGUAGUUACGAUAGAUUUCUGAUGUGGUACAUGUUUUUCUAUCAGAAUACAACAGUCUUCGUGUUUAUGUGAUAGUGGGUGGAUUACGGGUCACAGGUUAUAAAUCUUGGUUUACCUUGCCGUGAUAUAGCUGAAGUUGCUGGCUCAGCAUAAAACACAAUUUCAAUCCCCCCACCCACCCAGUGCCUAUACACACAAUCUAAAUCAUAGUGGACAUAGUACAUAACAGUACAGGGAAUUUUUGGUUAUUACAACCGCUGCUCAGCGUUAUUAUUCCACUGACCCCACAACCACUAAAAAUUCUGUUUAGAUUUGAUAGUAGAUUAUUUAAGAUUAGAAGUCCAUUUCUCUUGCAGGUACAGAUUUUUAAAAUUAUAAAAUACUUAUGAAGAAAAUCUUCCCAAAGAAUUUUUUUUUUGUUUUUAUUUUUUAAUGUGGACCUGGUAACAAGUAAAAUCAGUUUUGUUUUUUCUCAGUCUUGGUCUAACUGGGAUACCCAAGGAUUUAUUAUUAUUUUAUUGAUACAAUUAUGAAUUGUGGUAUGUCUUCUGAUUAUGCUGUAUCUUUGAUUGAAAAAGGAUAGAAAAUGACUAGGAUAUUUUUUGGACAUUGUUGAUUGGAAACACUGAUAACCUUCGUGUACAGGCUGACCCUUGAAGAGAUUCUCACCCAUUACAAAUUAGUUGUGGGCAUUUUUAGCUAAAAUGCAUGAUGUGGAAAAUAGACUACUAGCUCUCUAUUUACAUGUCUACUGACAAUGCUUAAUUAAGUGCCUUGAUGAAUAUCACAAGAUUUAACAAAAAAGCACAAAUGAGCUGUGCACUUCAUGCAAAAAUCUUAUUUUUUCACAACCUUGUUAUCAGUAUUUUUGUGAAAUUUUUUUUUUCCUAAGCUCGGAAUAAGUCACUUGGAUUACAGAAUUUUUUGUUUUUAAUAAAUGGUCAGUUGUAUUAGGAUUUGCAUUUUUCCAGUCCUAUAUUUUGUACACUUGUUUCAUAUUUCUCAAAUGCUUCCACAGUUCUGUUUGUUUUUACUUUGAGCAAAAGCUUGAAUCCAGGUGCAAUGAUAGAAAUAACAAAGUUGUGUAAACAUGUUUAUCAUUAUGGAUGAUAUUUAUUUGAUUAAAAGUGAAAGAUUAUUUAUGUUUGUGGAUGUAUUGUUUAGGGGAGAUGUCUAAAUAAAAAGAGAGAUGCUUUAUGGCAGAGGGUUUGGUCACUGUGUGCAUAUGUGAUACAUAGGUACUUUUUUGAGGAUGAGGAUUUUGUAAGAUUUAAUUAAAAGAAAAUAAUUUUAGUGAUGAUCUCUUGUGUUUUCUGCACUGAAAAUGCAGCUUUUCCUUGAGCAUUACUCAUAACACAAUCUAUGCAAUGCUAGUUUUUUCAUCCUCCUUCCCCCUCUGCUUUUCUGCUGUUUGUUAGUUUCCUACUUAUCUUCCUCUGCAGAAUCACGAUAUUCUCAGUUCUUGUUACUUGGUUCCUUUUUGCAUUUUUUAUAUUUGUUGUCUAUACAUCGUCAGUACUGUUUAUUCUUCUGCCACUCGUAUGCUGUUCAUGUCUCAUUCUUGUUUUAAGCGCUAAGAGCGUGAGUAUGCAUUACACAAAUUCUCUGUUUAUUAUUAUAAGAAAUACCAUAAAAAACCAAAUAUGAACAAACAAAAACUGGCUGGUACAUUACGUUUUACAUAUUGCUAUAUUUUGCUGGAAGUGGUUCGUACUAUUAUGAAGGUAAACCAUGUAUGUCAGAAGACUGUUGAUCUACAAAAUGUUUUAACUCAUCCAACAUUUCAAGUUAUAAAAGCAAAGUACUAUAGGUUUGUUAAUUUGUGUUUUUAUAUUUCACUGUUGUACCGCAUCUUUUUCUUUACAUACCAAUAAUUUGUUUUUUUUUUAGAUAGGUCUUUGUCUUUCGUCUUCGGAUGCUUCAGAUUUAAAACAUCUUUCUUUCACUUUUAACUCGCCCAAGUUCUGUUUCUCCAAGUAGACAAAAUGUUAAUUCAAGUGAGAAAAUAAACAGUUUAUAG